AUGUGCCUGCCCCGCCUCCCAUGCUUUCUUCUGCCCAUGAACGUGCAGCCACUGCUGCUGCCCUGGAACGAGUACGCCUCGCGGAAGCCCGCAACGAGGAACUUCUCCGGACCAUCAGCGCCAUGGAAGCCCCCAAUGCUCCCUCCGACUCCUCGCCCCCUCCUCGUUAUGCUGCGGUGGAGGAUUCGGCGUCGACGGCGCUGUUUUCGCCGGCUUUACGAGAGGCCACCACGGCGGCCGAGAGUCGUCGCCGGGCCGAACGCCCAGCAGCGCCCGUCGUCAUGACCACUCCUGCUUCUGCCCCUGCUGCUUCUGCUACUACAGCUGCUGCUACGGCAUCCGCUGCUGCUGCUACUGCACCGUCCGCUACCACGGCUCCUUCGUCUGUUGCGGCGCCUUCUGUCGAGUGCCCGGCUCUCUUCGGGACUAUCGGCGACCGCUGGCACGACCUCCCUGCGGACGUGCAAGAGUUCUUGUCCUCUUCAGCGGUGGAGGCGGUCACCUGCGAUGCGGUGGAUCGCGUCCGGGCCGAGCGCUUGGCCCCCGCUCGCCAGCUGGAGGACGAGGAAGACCAAAAGGAGGAAGCGGGCAUUCGGAAUGCCCUCGCCACUGCUCUCAAGGCCACGGAGGAUGAAAUCGCGGUACUCCAGGCCAAGCGGGCGUCGCUGUCUUCGCAGGCAGCCUGCAAUCGUGAGCAGAAGGCUCGUCACUGUUGCGCGGUAGAGACAUACACGGGCCAGCGCAACCGGAGGCUCCGGGACCGCGCGACCCACGACUCUGGCGCCGGCUCGCGGGCUUCAUCGGCGGAUGAGCGGGACAUCCCUCCGGCGCCCUCUUCGUGGGAACCGUCGACACCGUCUUCCCCUCCCCCCGCUGCCGUUUCCUACGCUGCGGCGGCCCGCAGCCAUACCACACUGGGCAGCGAACGCUUGCUGGCCUUCCGCAAAGGCGACUCAGCUUUCGCGAAGGGUCAACUGGCUGAUAUGGCGCAAGCCAUACAGUUCGACUUCCCGCCAGGAGACCGAGAUCGGGUUCUUCGGGCUGCGGAGACUGUGGCUAUCGUGAUGCCACCCAACAGCACGGUGGAGGACGCCGUGCGCGCAGCUCGCGCUCGCGGGAGUCCAUUUUUGGACAAGGUGGAGUACCUUCUGGGGUCACUUCGGGCGGCGCACGGAAACGCCACGGACCCGGUGGUGUGGCCGGGGUGUCAUCGCUCUGCCCCUCCCCCGGUUCCCGCGUUCGAAGAUUUCACAUCCAAGAAGAAGGCGCCCGUCAAGAGCGGCGGUCGCGGGAGCGGCGGCGGCGAUUCGGGCGACACCGACAGCAGCCACCUCCGCGGGUCUACGUCUUCCAAGCGUGGUCGCGCCCAGAAGUCUUCUUCAGCGUCCAGCUCUUCGGAGCGCGCGGACAAGAAAGGAGUAAAAAAGAAGAGCCGCACCUCCCGCCCGUCUUCGGACACGGCUGGAGGAGCAUCCUCGGAUUCCGGGUAUCCAGGCAAGUAG